GGGCUGGCUGGCACUGGACUGGCUGGCUCCACCCUUCUGUUCGCCAGUCGGUUCGUCGGUCGGUCAUCUCCACUACUCCACACGUCGUCUCGCCAAAAAAAAAAAUCCUCUUCCAUCUACAAACCUUCAUCGACGCCCCGCAACCCGGCCAUCGAUAGCAAGCAAGCAAGUACGCAAGCAAGCAAGCAAGAGAGAAGGAAAGAGAGACAGAGAGCGAUGGUAGUCGUCGUUGUAGCUACCAUCUGCGCCCUGGCGUGGAUGUGCUACCGCGUCUCGUCACUUCUGAACAUCCCCAUCCCGACGCUGGUGAAGGUCCUAGGAUUGGAUUUGCCCGCGCCCCCGAGGGUCUCGCUGCAUGGCGUGUCCGCCGAUACCAUCACGCUGCACUGGUCGCUGCCGGAGAAGGCGGGGUCAGUGGCGAAGCACAUCAUCCAGAUCAACGGGAUAAAUGUCGGCGAGAGCGAGAAACGCGGCGAAACCAGCGUGACAGUGACGGGGCUCAAUCCGGACCAACGCUACAACGUGCGGGUGAUCGCCGCGAACGCGCAGAACUUCCAGGCGCCGGGACAGCUGAUCCGGCUGCGGACGUGUGCGAAGUCGCGGGGUGCCGCGGCAAGUGACAGUGGCGGGACGCACAGGGGCGAUUCCUCCGAUGAUGCGCCUUCCGUGCAUUCCGUGCUGGACGUUCCGCCGCCCCCGUCGCCGUCGCCCCUGGGUACAGUGCACAAUAUGCACGCGCAGAAUCAUUCGAGGAGGAGUGUGAGGGAACGGCGCGGGUCCCCCGCCACGUUGGAGCAGAGCAAUGCGCACAGUGUCAAUGCGCCGGUGGCCCAGGAUGAUCAACACACGGUCGCGUCGUUGACGAGGGAUCUGGAUGCGGUGCGGAGAGAGAUUCAAGAGACGGAAGCGCAGCUGCUUCAUACCGAGGAGGAGUAUAAAUCUGCAGAGGCUAUCCUGCGUUCCGAGCUCGAUACGUUGAAGAAUAAGAAGAACGAGGAAGAUGCUGGCAGGCAGAGGAUUCGGGCGGAGACAAAAUCGCUGGAGGAGGCCAGGAGGGCAGCGGAGGCGACGAGGACCCGCACGGAGAAAGCGCUGAAAGCGAAGGAAUAUGAAAUCAAGAAGAUGCAGGAUGACAUGGCUCGGUGGGAAGAGGAAAAGAUAGCCACGUUGGAGAAGGUGGAGGCGAUCUCGACCGCUGCACGGGAAUCCAAGGAGAAUGCGGAAUCAACGGGAAAGGAAUUGGCCAAUGAUAUUCGAGAAACUCAACGGCAGAUUUCUGAGAUGGAGGAAGAGAUCAGGUCUCUGGUGGCGACCAUGAAGAGUUUGGAGACUCAGAAGGAACAACUCAAAGUCGAGGAGGACGAAGAGGCCCAAAGAGACAGGGAGGAGCAUGAAAAAGACAGGCUCUGGGCGGACCGGCAGAGACAUCUGGAGAUGCGAUAUGUAGCGGUUUACAGUGCUUUUCAAGCGGCCGAGAUAGAAUUCAUCAGAUCUCGUGAAGUUUUGAUGAAUCUUCAAGAGCGCAGAGAGAGUGGUUCCGGGGCAGAUUCGAUACAGAAGAAGCCCAAGCAGCGCCGUAAUCGCAACCGUAAACCACGUGCUCAGGCGGGCUCUUCAUCUUCCAAUGCUUAUCCCAUACACGAAUCCGGCAUGCAAGAGGGGACCCAUUUUAACAUGCAAUUCCAGCAGAUCAGUCCCACCUUCUCGAAUAGCAUUCCGUCGAGCCCGUUCUUUAAUAUUGCCAACGGUACAGUUACCGGUCCUGCUGAGAUGCCCGGUUCGGAAGCUGGUCCGAUCAUGGAUCCGUACAUGGACGCAGAUUCGGACGGUUACCUCGGUGGUACCCCAAUGAGCCCCACGGCAAACUCUCUGCUUCCAUCCAACCUUUUUUCCUUUGAAGAUGCUCCUCCAAGUCUCAGAGAUUCACCGAUUGAGGAUGAUAACGAAACCCGCCGCCUGCGUUUCGACAAGGGCUUUGUGGUCCCGCAGUCGCCAAUGACUUCAACAUCGGUUUCGACGUCGCCGAGGAGUAGCUUCAAUCACAUCCCUUUGUUUUCGAACCUCCCCCCUGGAGCCAGGGACUCGCAUCAUCACCGUGAAUCCUCGGACAGGGACACGUCCUUAUCCCGAAGCGGCAGCAACCGCCUCAGUAUGGUUGGCGAUGGUGAGAGUGCCGCGCCGAAAUCCAAUUCCCGGCGCUUUGUCAACCUCUUCUCGAAUUCGUUCAAUCGGCAGCGCGGCAAGACUGUCGGGUUUGAUGGUGGACCCCCCAUGUUGGGGCAGAUACAGCCGGCUGAAACGCAUUCUUUCCCCAAGAACGAUCCACCUGGCUUGGAUCCUAUCGGCACGCGUCGCCGCAGCGGGUCUCACGGGUCGUGGGCGAAUAGCCUCGACUUUCUCAACGGACGAACGAAGGCCACGGCCCUUGGACGAACGAAUUCUGACCACUCCCGUCGCUCAGCUACGUUCAACCAGUUCAAUCCAUCGUUCGAUCCCAUAGAUCCGAACCGACUGUUUGAUCGGCCUGCAUCUCCGCGCCCGUCGUCCAUCGCAUCAUUCGACAACCCCCUCCCAGCACCCUCAUCCGAUGCAUCCGCCGCAUUCGGCUGGCCUUCAGCCGAUUUCAUCAAUCAUUCCCAUGGCAGCAGACUCAUGGGCGGCAACUACUGGGCAGAUUUUCACACUGGCCGUGUAUCGUCAUCCCGGCCGGUAUCUCGGCCCAUCACCCCCAACGCCGCGAACGCCGCGAACGCCUCAACCUCGUCACUCUCGCUCUUCCCCAGCCAGUCGUACUUCGCCUCAUCCAACAACGGCCGUCCCGUCACCCCGCGCCUCAACCCUGCCGCACCCACCUUCCAGAGCCGCAUGAACACGCCGGUCCGCCUCCCGGGCACGGACGACCGCGACUCGAUCAGCGUCAACACGGACAUCUCGGGCGCAUCCGGCGCCAGCCUUGAGCACGUGGCGACCAAGGAAAGCAUCCUCUCGCGCUUCUCGUCGCUGAGCCGCAAGGGCAGCACGAGCAAGUUCAACAUCUCGUGGGGCCGCGGGAAGAAGAAGGAUGCGGUGGACGACGAGCUCGCCGAGGAAGUGGUCAGCGCCGCCUCCUCGUCAAAGGGCAGCCUGUGGACUGCCUGGAAGAAGGAGGGCGAGGAUCACAGUGAAGAUGAUGAGGGCAAGGGACUGGGACAGGGACGGCUUACGCCCUUGGCUAAGGAGAGCUCGCCGUGGCUCAAGGGAAGCCAGAGUGGUUUCUUUGGGGCUAUUGGGAGGAGCUCGAAGAAGGCCGAGUCGAUCGCUGAGGAUGAGAAGGAGAGGGAUGGCGAGAAGGUGAAGGAUAAGGACGAGGGCGAGAAAAAGGAGAAGGGACUGGGCAUCUUUAGGAGGAAGGCCGAGAAGGAGAAGGAGAAGGAUAAGGGCAAGGAGAAGGAGAAGGAGAAGGAGGGAGCUUCAGUUAAGGAGGCGGUUGUAGAAUAGUGUAAUUAGUUUGUUUCUGUAUAUACCUUUUCCCCAUACGUUACGUGAAGAUACCUAAUCACCAAUCCAUGGAAUUGAAGUCUUGUUUUUCGCUCGCCCGGUCUCAACCAUACAAUCACAGUAUACCUAGUAGACAGUCCAGG